AUGGAACAGAUUCCUAUUUUGCCUAUGGAUUAUGGAGCAGAUAUACUCCACUAGGAACAAUAGGUCAAGUAGGAAUAAUAGGAAUAUUAGAUAGUAAUUGUUUUCAUCUACAUAAUGCUGCAUAACAAUAGACAAAUGAUUUAAAUCUAAUUGUUUACGAUUGUCUUAACUAUGAAACUUAAACAAUUAUAAGAAGGAUUUAAUUCAUUACUGCAGAUGAAAAUUGGCAUUUAUUUGAAGUAUAAUUUGAUAAUUUAAAAUAUGAAAAUGUUUGGAAUUAUUUUGAAAUUACUUAGUGGCCAUUAAGAAAAAGGUUUGAAUUAUUAGUUAUUCAAUAUCCUGAAAUAAAAUUAUAUCAUAUUCAAGAAGAUUUUUAUUUUCCUUACAAAGACUAUAAAUUAGUUCUAACUUUUGGAGGAGGAUUAUAAAUAUUAUAAUCAAAUACUAAUUAGAUUUUAAAAGAAAUAUCUAAAUUAUCAUAUUUCCCAGGGAAAUUUUAUUUAUAUCCAUUAUCAAGUGGAACUAUGUCAAUCUUAAGAAAUGCUGCUGCUACUGCAAUAAGUGGAAUUUAGUUUAGAGUAGAUUGCUAAUGCAAUUAUAAUUGGCAAAUAGGUGUACCUGAUCAAGAGUUAUCUUGGCUAGAUAAUUUUAUAUUUCCUUCUUAAAAUACUAAUUGUGAUUCAUAUUUGUUAUCAACUUGGAUUAGAAUUCAGAAUAUAUAUUAAUCUUCACAACAAUUUGUAUACUAAAUACUUAAAUUAUCUGCUAAUUUUGAAAAUCCAAAAUUAGUUCAUAAGAAUUUAGCUACCUUUUAAUUAUUUUAUAAAUUUACACCAUAAAAAAAUUAAUUGAUUGUAAAUAGUUAUAGUUAUACUUUUCCUAUUAUUUCAAUUAAUUUUGAUGAUGAUCCAUUUUUAAUUACAAAAGAAUUUGAUCUUUAAAAUAAUAUCAAACUUUGGUAAUAUGUCUUAGUGAUAUUAAACAAUAAUGAAUUGAAGAUAUCAAUUAUUUUUUAUGAAGGUUUGAAUCAAUAUGAAUAUAAAUAUGAAUAGAUAGUACAUUAAUUUAAUAUGGUCAAAUUUAAAUUAUAAUAUGGAAAUGUACAAUAGUCAGCUUAUGAUUAUCUAUCAGUUAAAUUUUUAAAUUCCUACUUUUUCAACUGUCUUGAAUUUUUUUUCUUACCUCAAAUGGAAUGUCAUUAAAGUUGUUUACAAUGUGAUGGUCCUACUAGUACAGAUUGUUUAUCUUGCCCUGAAGAUUCAAAUCGUAUUUAUAUAGCAGAAUAAAAAUCUUGCAUUUGUCCAUAUAAUAGAGUUGAUGAUGUAAUUUGCAAAGAUUAUUAAAAUUAUAAUCUUGUCCUUGUUAAAGAGGAUCCAAAAGAUUAGAAAUGUCUUCAAGGAUACUUUUAAUAUGAUGGAAAUUGUAUCAAAUGGUAAUUUAUAUAUUAAAAUUAGUCCUUCAUUAAUAACUAGUACAACAAUCACUUGUCUAGAAUGCGUUUAUUAGCCAUAAACUUGGGCAACUAAUUCUAUUUGUUUAACAACUCUAUAUAAUAAUAUCGAAGGAAGUGUUUCAUAGUUUUAGAAAACUUCUUAAUAUAACUAUAUCUUUGAUGGUAGUGAUCUAUAAUUAAGAUAUUAUUCAACUUCAGCAAUAAUUGAUGAAGAAAUUAAAGAUGAUUUUGAAAUGGCAUCAAUUAAUUUUAAAGGUCUUUGUUUUUAAACUUAAUCUGUAGAAUCUGAUUGGAGAAGUGAGAAAGAAUGUUAUUAUUGCUCUUUAGCCAAUUGUAUAUCUUGUUUGAUUACAGCUACAAAACAAGUAUGCUUAAUUUGUGAUUUUUCUUCAGAACUAAGAGAUGGUGUUUGUGUCUAUACAUCUAUGUUGGGAAAAGUUACUUAUAAUAAUUGCUUAGCUCCUUAUUAUUAUACUUCUACUAAAUAAUGCAAAUUAUGUAAUAUUAAAAAUUGUCAAUAUUGUUUUGAGUAUUUAAGUAAUGAUUUAACAAAAUGUACAUUAUAUAGAAGCUUCACACCUUUUAAUAUAGAUGAAUAUCAUUAAGUAGGUUGUGCUUUAUGCAAAGAUAAUUUUAUUUAUGAUUUUACUUUAGGUAUAUGUAAAUAUGAAAAACCGAAAAUAGAUAAUUGUAUUAGAUCUUAUAUUAAUUUAUAAGGAUAAGAAAUUUGUACUUUAUCUAAAAUAGAAGAUUUUACUGUUGCACCUGAAAUUAUUAAUUGUUAAAAAUAUAUUCCAAAUUGUAAAUAAUGUUUAUAAACUCCAUAAAAAGUUAUUAAAUGUAUUUUAUGUGAAGAUGGUUAUUCAUCUUCUUUAACAUCAGGAUAAUGUUAUAAAUGUACUAUUGAAAAUGCUAAAAUAUGUAUUGAAGGUGAUUAUAUAUUAAAAGAUGAAUGGGUGUAAUUAAUUUAAAGCUUUUUAAUUCAAUUUUUACCUAAUCAAUAUAUGUAUCCAAAAUCAAAUAUAGAAAGAAAUAUAAUUGACUUGCCAUUUGAAUGUUAAUAAGGUUUUAAGCCUGAUCCUUUUAGUAAUUGUAUUAAAUAUUGUGACUCUAAUUGUUUAUCAUGUAAAAUAACAGAUGAUUAACCAUAUAAAUAUUAUUGUACUGAAUGUCCUUUAGAUUAUUCUAAAUUACCAGUAAGAUCCAGUGAAUAAGGUAAAUGUCUAAAAUGUCCUUAAUUAUGUUCAGUUUGUAAAACCAGAACUGAAGAAGAAAUAAAAGUAUCAAUAUAAAUAAUUUUAGAUGAUUAAUCCAUAAUUUAUUUUGACAGAUGAAACAGCUUAUUAUACUUUUAAAUGUUUAUAAAGAGCUCCAGAUGAUAAUAUAGUGAUUGAUCCUUAAAAUGGUAUUGCUAAGUAUUGUUAUGAAUCAGUUUGUACUGACACUAUUUAAUAUCAAGUAUUUAUUAUUAAAUAAAUUAGUUUGAUGCUAAUUGUAAUAAUAUAUAACCUCUAUUAAGAUAAUAAGAUUAUUAAUUUUAUCAAAAUAAUAUCAAUAUUAAUUAUUGUAAUAAGUUAGGAGUUUAAAAAAUAAUUGUUUGGAUGAGAAUUAAUAUCAAAUCUGGAACUCCUUGUACUUUACCAAAUGA